CCAUUCAUUGCAGAAGGUUAUAAAAUCGGUUACCAUUUCUACUUAGUCGUUUUCCCUCCGAUGCCUUGAAAUAGAUUUUAAGUUCAAUAUGAAUACAUUUUAAGUUCCGCCCGGUGAAAGAUCGCCCUUUGAUUUUACCAGUCUUGUUCGGGAAAUCAUCAUGGGCGUGGAAGAGCUGAUGAACACAAAGCCGAUCCUCGGGUUGAACAAGACGUUCGAGACGGCGAUGAAGAAGCGCAACGCUCACCCGAGGCUCCUGAAAGAGCUCGCCUCCGAUUACAACAAGAAUCAAGAGGCAUUUGAAGUGGAGUUCAAACAAUGUCUGGCUGUGCUGUUCAUGUGCCCAGACAAGACGCCAGGGCUCGAAUCAGUGCUUGACUUUGCGGCCAAGUAUUGCAUUUUCCACGAAAACACUUUUGGCGAGGAAGAUCCGUUUCCUGAGUCAAUUUUCAAUUUUAUUUUCGAAAACCACAACAUAAAAAACCCCAACAUCCGAUUCAGGACUUGCGAGUUUAUAAACAGGCUCCUGAAUGAAAAGGGCGACCAGGCUUCACUCGAUCAGAACAUAUUUGAAAAUAUCGGAAAUAUCAUGCUGGAGCGUCUACAGGAUAAAUCUCACACUAUAAGGGCACAAGCGGUAAUGGCGUUACAACGACUUCAAGAUCCUUAUGAUAAUGAUUGUGCCAUUGUUAAAGCUUUUGUAUUCCACAUGGUGUCUGACCCAAGUGCUAUUGUCCGUGAAAAGGUGAUAUCGCACAUUGCCGUGACUUCGCAGACACUUCCUCACAUCAUAGAAAAGAUCAAAGAUGUUCAGGUUCAAGUGAAAAAAGCCGCUUAUAAAACCCUAUCCAGGCUUAAAAUACAGAGGUUUACCAUAAACCAACGACAGAGCAUCCUUACAACGGGACUAAAAAACCGAAAAGAAAUUGUCAGGGAAUUCGUAAUUGAGCAAUUAAUCAUGACAUGGUUCAAGCAGUGUAACUGUGAUGUGCUCCAACUCUUUAAGGCUCUUGAUGUCGAGACAAUGAAUGAAGACAUAUUGAAAGCCAUAGCAUUUGAGCUAUUCAAGAAACAGCCCACAUCGACUCUCAAAGAGUUGAUAAAAGGAAUGCAGAAUUUGGAAAAAUUGAUAACUUUCAAGAAUUUAACACCAGAAGUAGCCGCCCUGUGGUACUAUGCCGUUCAGUAUUUCUCGUCCACUGAGAUCCACGGAAACGAUAUUGAUGAGGAUAGUAUAUUUCAGAUUUUACCAGAGCUGACAGCAUACACGGACUAUAUAAAAGAAUUUUUAGAAAAUCUUAAACUUGGAAAAAUUGAGAAUAAAUAUAUUAUGAAGCUCUUAUUAAAAAUGGCUUCAUCUUAUUCUUUAUCUGAUGAAAUGGGAAGAAUGAGAUUGAAGCAGUUAUGUAUAAACCUUCUAACUUAUGAAAAUGAACUUAGUUUCAUUCCAAUAUUGGUCUCGCACAUACAAAAGACCAUGCCUAUUGUAAAAGAACGGCUCACUGUCAUGGCUGAAAUAAUUUCAGAUAUUAGGGAACCACUUUUUGAUAAGACCAUGGUUGAAUUGAAUGAAAGCGCAACAAUAGAACAACAAAUGGCCAACUUGCAAUGUGGAACACAGAUGCUUGAAUGUGAAAGGGAGCUCAGAAAAGACCCCGAAACACUGAUUAGGUGCCUUACAAUAAUCCUCGAGUUCAUAAAAGCUCCUGAUGUGCAGAAACUCGAUCCGACAUUGCUGACAUUAAAGGAUCAUUUCAUCGUGGGUUGUCUAUCGGGUGAUCACAACAGCCAUGUCUUGAAUCUGGCCCAGCAGGUUAUGGCAAUCAUGUGCAUCUGGAAUUCAGAGCUUGCGAAUCAGCAAUUCCUAUACUUCUUUAUACAAGUUAAUGAUAACGAUUUGUGCCUGUCAGCUUUGGAUGCAAUUUUUGACAUACUUUUGGUACAUGGCCUAAAUCUUUAUAAUUUCGGAACGGAUUCAUACAAAGACCAACCAUCAACAAUAAAGAAAAAGGAGUUCUCUCUAGCGGAUUUCUCUCAGGAUGCCACACUACCAACUAAUUCUAUGAAACAGCUCAUAGGAAUUUUUGUUUCACUGCUUGACACCUCUGUACCAGAAGUUAGGGCAAAGGUAUGUCUUGGCUUGGCCAAGCUCCUGCUUUCUGGACAUAUCAGUUCGCCGUUGGUUCUCGCCCACUUAACGCUCGCUUGGUUCAAUCCCGAGACAGAACAAGACCCAGAAGUGAGGCAGGGCCUUGGCAUGUUUUUCAGCCUAUUUUCAACCAAAAGACUUAACUCUGGGCAAAUUGUUAUCGACUCGUUUAUUCCGACACUAAGGGCGAUCAACGAAGCAGACGACACACAGCCAAUUGCAGAAAUCGAUCAGGUCUCUGUAUCAAAACUUCUGAUAAGCCUCGUUCGUUCUGACCUAGUUUCAAACUGUUCAAAUUUUGAAGAGCUGGGAAGUUACCAUUAUCGGCUUGCUGUGGUUAUAUGUGAUGAGCUUAAUUCUGGUGAUGUAAGCAUUUGGGUGCUCGUCAAAGCACUGUCUUAUCUCGAUUUAGAUCUUUCAGAUGGUCACUUUGCUCCAACUCUGUUAUCUAAGUUGAAAACAGUACUAAAGCAAAUGAAGAAACUUACCGAUAAACGAAUUUACAGAAUGCUAGAAACGUUUAAAUCAAAGGUCGAAGAGCUUAAUGCCAACUAUAAAAAAGAUAACAAUAAAGAAAAAAUACAAGACGCUUCAAGUAGUGAAAACACGGAAGAGGAAAUUGCAAACAAAAAACCGCGAAAAGGGAAAACCCAACCCAAAAUAAUUCCUGAAUCGUCAGAAUUGGAGAGAGGAAGUAAACCAAGUGAGGCAACCUUUGAAAUAGAAUCUAUAGAAAGUGGUGAAGACAUACAGGAUUCCAUAAUACGGAAAAGACAAUUGGUAAUAGAAACAGCAAAUUCUGAUAGUGACAAGGAAGAAAAUUGUGUAAUCGAAGAGACACUUUCACCUGCUCAAGUGAUUAGCGAGACAGACCAAGAAGAUGAGGAUGAUAACCACGAAGAAAAGAAGUCUCCUAAAAAGAAGAAGACUAAGAAGGAUGAUCACAGGUCGAGAGUUGACACUGCAGUCUCUGAUUUAAGUCCAAGUUUGGAAAGAAAAAAGAAAGUAAAAGUGAAAGAAGUGGAAAAUAAAAAGAUGUCGACUCCACCGAUCAAAGCGAGAUUGAGAUCUAGAACCAACCCGGAUAAAGAUGUAAAGUGAUUUAAAAUUCAUUUUACUUCUAUAAAAUUGUUAUUUUGUUUUAACAAUAUAAACACGAUGAGGAACAA